UUCUGUCGCUACCUCUCUGUACAUAACCUAGCUACCGUAGCGAGGCACACACAGGUGCGUGUUAGAUGCACAGUCCUAGCUGUAGGUUCCUGCUUCUUUCUGACUCGUUCAUGGAUGUGCAGUACGGUGGAAGAAUAUAAAUAGUGCUGAGUGCAGUAACAAAUUUGAUCACAGUGGAUAUUGAACGAAACACCCAAAAACAUGGAUUUAUAGGUGUGAACGUUUCAGUUAAAUGAAAAGACUGUGGGUGGUGACCCUGUGAGCGUGCUGGUCACAAUGAGUGGAGUCUAUUGCCACGACGACGACCACGACGACCUUCAAGAUGCUGAUUGAACGCCAUAUGAUGAACGUUCUCUUCUACGUCGGCAUCCUCCUUCCUACCGCGAUCACUAUCGUCCUGUUCGUGCUGUUCCUCGUGUGCUGGCGCCGACUCAAGGCAAGGAAGGAGAUGCUCAACAAACUCUACGACCCACACAAGAAACUCCGCGACCUCGGCAUGCCCCGGGUGCCGCCCCCUCCGCCCAUAUUCGUCCAUGAGAGCCACCACGCCCGCCUGGCAAUGGCCGGGGAAGAGAACACUGGGUAUGAUGUCAGUCGCAGCCCGUCUGGCAACCAGGACCAGCUGGGGAGGCAGCUGUACCACGCCCCCCACGACAGCGGCCUGUCAGAUCUCAGCGAGAUGCAGUGCAAGGAUCGGCCAUACUCCCAGGCCUCGCAGGGAUCCACCGACUCAGAGGAUUCCGGCUUCCGGAGCUCACGGUCAGGACAGUUCAAUCAAAAGGGGAACGCUACGUCACCGACAGACGCUCCCUUGCUGAAGUCAAUCAAAUGUAGGAAGGACAGACAGCCCGAAGUGGUGGCGGCGGUGGCAGUUCCCCAGUGUGAAAAGAUGUGUGUUAGGAACGAUAGCGCGGCAGUGUUUCCCUCAAACAAUCUGUCUCCAUCUGCUUACACCAUCAGCGAGCAGACGCCCCACCCGAAGGUGGAUAUAAAUGACAUCAGUACGCACAUUAGCUGGAUGUACUUACAAAAUCUGACUUCUCGCGGCGAUGAGCGUGGCCCCGCCGUGACGACCGCACAGGUUCACUGCUCAAACCCUAGUGCUAUUCACAGUGACGGUGAUCUGUUCGGAUUCUCCGUUGUUUGACCUGGCAACAUGGUGCACAACUGUUGUUUUGUUUUUUAAAUGAUCUGUGUAAAUGGAGGGAGUGUAAUCCUCCCCGAAUACGAUUCCCACGUGGAAACCUAGUCUCAGUGGUGUGACCGCCACGACCUCCUCACAUCAGAGUGCACAGCGAUGCAGUCAGGAUUUCUUCUCAUUCGCUCGCUGAUCCCAACAAAUAUUUAAGCCGAUCUUGCAGAUCCGUGUGUCAGAAUGCUGACUGCAUCACUGCUGCAGACACGGCAACAAGGAUUUACUUCCACCGACAUUACUGCAAAUGGAUAUAAUUCAUUUCACUUGGUGACAGAAAUAAAAGGAUUUCAUUCUUCUUUCAUUUGUUUCAUACUGCAAAAGAUACACAUUUGUAUUUCAAUUCCAUUCCACUAUACGGCUGUGCGACUGAAAACAUUCCAUCUGAAUCUCUAAUGGUGAGGCUUGAAAAGUAGCGAGAGACAUCGCUGUUUGUUUUUCGAAUGCUACGGCUGGAAAAAACGAACUCCUUUCGAAAGUGAGGCUCUACCAUGUUGUUUUUUCACCAACCUGUCAUACAAACUCUGGCAUUUUCGAUGUGGUGCUUUCUGAAAGGAAUUUUGAUCUGAGAGUGCUGGUAUUGUGGCCGGUAUUAACUGCUUGUUGACCGAUGGCCGAGGAGUAUGGACCAUGGAACUGACCUCCUUGUGAUAGAGUGAGGUGCUGAAAGGCUAUUUCAGUAUUGGUCAAAGACAAACUCGCCUGUUUUGACUCCUCGUCAUCUGUUUGUGUCGUUCAUUUGGCAGGUGAUAUUUCGUGUGAGUGUGUUGAUCAGGAAUACAACAGAUUGCUGUCUCCAUGAACUUCAGUGUUUUCGUCUUCAUUGUUUUAUUUUGAGGUUUUCUUUCACAUAGUGUUCAUUCUUUAAUAAACAAAUCACUUCUCUUUUUAUCUCUGACUUUACAUUUAGGUUCUUUAUUUUGCUCAUUUCAGAUACAUUACACUAAAACACAUAAAAAAAUAAUCUUUUUUAAUUGAUUAAUUAAUAAGCUACAAACUGAGACAGGUUUUUGUAGUUUAAGAAUUUUGUGCCAAAAUGUGAUAAAAACUGAUCACAAACAUUACAUGCACGACAUGUAUUACGUGUACACAUAUGUCUGCAUGUAAUUAGCUUUUUGUACUGUUAUUAAUAUUGCCAAGUCAUUUUUUGUGAAGUAGGAUAAAAUAGUAACAAUUUAAAGAAAUAUGACCUGCAGUAGAAUUAGCAUUCAAAUUGAGCAAUAGCAUUUUAAAUAUUAAAUAUAGUACACACUAAAACACCUGUUGUUUUCCUUUGCCUUUUUAUUCUUCUUUUUUGGGUGUCUGUGUGAGGGUUACCUUUCAUCAUUGCUUUUCUUGUAGUAUAUAUACCACAAAUAUAGAAGCUUAUAACAAUACCUGAACCUGUGAAUUAAUAGUAUUGAUACUAUAUAAUAUUCAAAAAGUGGUGUCAUUUUAUGUUGUUGUGUUUUUUUCUCUGAAAUUUCUAACUCCUACCCAUGUUAAUGGCCACAUACAUACAGCUUCAGUUUUGUAGUUUAAUUCCUCAAAGUGGAACCCCCAUUCUUAUUAAACUGUUCAUUAUCAUGUGACUAGGUGCAGGAGAGUCAAAUCCUACACGUGAUGUGCGACUGACAGACUGAAAUAUAAAAUCAUAAUCUCUUCCGCAGAAUCAGGACUCUGCUUUUAAAACUGUUCUUGCAACUCUACCGAUUUUAUCCACCACAAAAGAAAACUACAAUAGAAAUAUUCUUUUGUCUGUAGACAAAAAGAUGCUUGUUGCAGAGUCUAUUGAAUAGUUUGAAAAUCUCUGAACAGGCCAAUUGAUUUUAUUGGUGCACUCUUUGAUCAUGAUUCAUCAUGCAAAUUGAAAAAAGCAGAAAAUUCAAAAUAUAAUUCUUCUUUGGAACUACAAGAUUUAGUUAAAACCAUUCAGUUAGUAUGGUUUAAUACCUUACAGCUUAAUUCAUAAUAAUAAAUUCACAAGAAUAUUUUCCAAUAUGAACAGUCAAUUUAUCGGCACAGAAUAGCAUUAUAGUUUAUAAAAUCAAAUAGUGCAGCAAAAACAUUUUGUUUUUAAAAGACUUUCUUUUGUUUUCACAUGAAUAAUCUUCAUUAUUUUCUACUCUUUUUUUAAAAAUUCUCUUGGUUGUAUAUAAAAAAUCCUUAAGAACAAAACUAGUAGACUUUGUUAGUUUAGUGUUAAGCUUCAACUGACUUAUAACGUAAAAGUUCUUUGUACAAGGCUGUUUGUGUACGUUGUAUUCGAAAACCGCACCUUUUUUCUUUUAUGAAGCUACACUAAAAUAACAUUUCUUCAAAGUCCUCACAAAAAUAUAAAGAAACAUACAUAUAUUUUUUUUUCUGUGUGUGUGUGUGUGUGUGUUAAUUUUUAAAAUUCUGAAAGUUAAAAUAAAUCGGGCACAGCUUUCUGGUUCAAACUUCAUAUCAGGUAGACUGAGGUUUAGCAUGCCACACUCACUCAAAGUUCAGACAAGUAUGUCCUGGACACAAGUUAGCCAGGAAUCUCCUUCAAGGCCGAUUUCAUCGGUUACGUCAUGUUUUUACUACUUAACUGAAUAAAACCUUUUUAUCUACAUGUACUUGUAAGCAUGUAAAGAUAAGUAAAAGUAUGUAGGUACACAUAAUUUAAUUACUAAAAAAUACAGCAGGUUUCUUCUCUAAGACUAUAUGUCAGAAUUACCAAAUGUUUGACAUCCAAUAGCCGAUGUGAAUAAAUUAAUGUGCUCUAGUGGUGUCAUUAAACAAAAUAAACUUUUUAGAACUUUUUAAUUACCAGAUACUAUUAUUACAAAAAUAAUAAUAAUAAAAAAUGUACGUAACUAGUCUAUUUGAUUUAGAACUGCAUUUUUAUCUUUAAAAACAAUUUACAAUUGAAUUCACUAAAUUGCAUAUCAUAAUAAUUUAUUUAUUUACAUAUUAUAUUGCUUUACCAAACUAUGGAAUUAUCCUUUAAAAUCUAACUUUGUGAUUUGUUAGAACCCAGACUAGUUUUAAAACUGAGUCUGCAGUAAACGACUGAUUCUCUUCAACUGUACUACAAUCACAGACGAAUCUCACUGUUUAUUUCAUUGAUUAUACUCUGCUAUUUCUGUGUGCACAUUUUGCUUCUCAUCAUGGGACCAAACAGUCUGUAUAUCACUUUGUGCUUGUGCCAUUAAUACCGGACUUGGCUUGUUUGGCCAUCUAUUAAUGAUUUGAGGUGCACCUCUGUGGGCAGGUGGAGAAACAAAUGGCUGAAUGUGAUAGCGUGAGAGUAUGACUUGCGGAUUACAUGACAUUUGUAUUAUGAAAUACUGUUUGACUUGUGAAUUACGUGUUUGUAUUAUGAAAUACUGUUUAAUUUGUGAAUUGUGUGUCAGAAUUGUGAAUAUUGCAUUUGAAUUGUGCACACUGAGUCUGAAUUGUGAUUGUUAAAAUGAAUUGAACUAUAUAUUAUUGUUGUACAUGUUCUGUUUUUGUCAAUUUCAAAAAGAGAUUUUUGAAAAUUAAAAUAAUUUAUGUAACAAUUUUA